UUUUAGCUGCGUCACAAUCGAACUAGACGCCAAAAUUGCAUUUUUUCUGGACCAGUCACAGCGGCUCUUGGAUUCCAUACCGAGUGUGUGACUUUGAUGCAAUUUUAAGGGCGAUUUUAACUGAGAUCGUCACAGUGCGCAUGCGUCCGGCCGUUUCUAACCAACCCUGGGUUGAAUUUUCUCGGAGAAAGACAGGCCGGCCACCAGGAAAACAGAAACGACCCUCAGCAACAUCUAAGCCCUUGAAAGGAUCCUGAGAGGGGGGAAAGGGAAAACAGCAGCCACCAGCCCAACCACUUGUGUCUUCUGCCCCUCCCCACCUAUCUUGCCCACCCCACCAGCCCACGCUGCUUGGGACUUGAGAUCUGUGGCCGAAGGACCGUCACCACAUAACUUCAAAAAUAACCACCUUCCCUGCCCAAACCCACUCAGUUUCACUCAUCCAGCGUUUCCUUUUUGGAAUCCACUCAAAAAAUAUUUUUUUUUCUACGACCCCCCUCCCUAAAUGGAGUUGGGUGGGGGGGGAAUGAAUACUGAGUUGGCCUUUACUUUUUAAGAGACUUUUUGAUCCAAUGAGGCCCCCCAAGUAAUUGAGUUUUGGGUCCUGGUUGGUUGUUUUAAUUUUUUUUUCCUCCAAAAUUUUACCCCCUCCCCCCUGAGCCCGAGGUGCUGACGUCGCAAAAAAAUUGGAUAAAACCAUCAGCAUGGGUUCGGGUCCCAUAGACCCCAAAGAGCUUCUAAAGGGCCUGGACAGCUUCCUUACCCGGGAUGGAGAAGUGAAGAGUGUGGAUGGGAUUUCCAAGAUCUUUAGUCUGAUGAAGGAAGCAAGAAAGAUGGUGAGUCGAUGUACUUACUUGAACAUUAUCCUGCAGACCCGUUCUCCAGAAAUACUGGUCAAGUUUAUCGACGUUGGUGGCUAUAAGCUUCUGAACAAUUGGCUGACAUAUUCAAAGACAACCAACAACAUUCCUCUCCUACAGCAAAUUCUGCUAACCCUGCAGCACCUCCCACUCACUGUGGACCAUCUCAAACAGAACAAUACAGCAAAACUGGUGAAGCAGCUGAGCAAGUCCAGUGAGGAUGAAGAGCUCCGGAAAUUGGCCUCAGUCCUUGUCAGUGACUGGAUGGCUGUCAUUCGCUCCCAAAGCAGUACCCAGCCUGCGGAGAAAGAUAAAAAGAAAAGGAAAGAAGAAGGGAAAAGUCGAACCACCCCUCCUGAGCGACCUUUGACUGAAGUGAAGGCCGAGGCCCGCACUGAGGAGGCCCCAGAAAAGAAGAAGGAGAAGCCCAAGUCACUUCGAACUACAGCACCCAGUCAUGCCAAGUUCCGUUCCACUGGACUAGAGCUGGACACCCCAUCUUUGGUGCCUGUGAAGAAGAACGCCAGCGCGGUGGUGGUGUCAGACAAGUACAAUCUGAAGCCCAUCCCCCUCAAGCGGCAGAGUGCCACUGCCACUCUGGGAGAUGCUGCGCCCCCUGCUGAGAAGAAGUACAAACCCCUCAACACCGCCCCCAAUGCCACCAAAGAGAUUAAAGUGAAGAUCAUCCCCCCACAGCCUAUGGAGGGUCUGGGCUUUCUGGAUGCUCUCAAUUCAGCCCCUGUACCAGGCAUUAAAAUUAAGAAGAAGAAGAAGGUUCUUUCACCUACUGCUACCAAGCCCAGCCCCUUUGAAGGGAAAACGAGCACUGAACCAAGCAUGGCCAAGCCUUCUUCCCCAGAGCCAGCACCCCCCUCUGAGCCUAUGGACACAGACCGCCCAGGCACCCCAGUGCCACCCGUUGAAGUCCCAGAGCUCGUAGAUACAGCCUCUUCAGAGCCGGGAGCUCUAGAUGCAAAGCCUGUGGAGAGUCCUGGGGAUUCCAGCCAGCUGACCCGUAAAGGCAGGAAGAGGAAAACUGUGACAUGGCCUGAAGAGGGCAAACUUCGAGAGUAUUUCUAUUUUGAGCUGGAUGAAACAGAACGAGUAAAUGUGAACAAGAUCAAGGACUUUGGAGAGGCAGCUAAGCGUGAGAUAUUGUCUGAUCGCCAUGCAUUUGAGACAGCUCGGAGACUAAGCCAUGACAACAUGGAGGAGAAAGUGCCCUGGGUGUGCCCCCGGCCUCUGGUUCUGCCUGCUCCUCUUGUCACCCCUGGAAGCAACAGCCAGGAGCGGUACAUCCAGGCUGAGCGGGAGAAAGGCAUCCUGCAGGAGCUGUUCCUGAACAAGGAGAGUCCCCAUGAACCUGAUCCUGAGUCCUAUGAGCCCAUACCCCCAAAGCUCAUCCCCCUAGAUGAGGAGUGUUCUAUGGACGAGGCACCAUAUGUUGAGACCCUGGAACCUGGAGGGUCUGGCUCACCUGAUGGGGUAGGAGGCUCCAAGCUGCCUCCAGUUCUGGCCAACCUUAUGGGAAGCAUGGGUGCUGGAAAGAGCCCCCAAGGCCCUGGAGGAGGAGGCAUCAAUGUUCAGGAGAUCCUCACUUCCAUCAUGGGCAGCCCAAACAGCCAUCCUUCAGAGGAGCUGCUGAAACAGCCAGACUACUCGGACAAGCUCAAGCAGAUGCUGGUCCCACAUGGACUCCUAGGUCCUGGUCCAGUAGCCAAUGGUUUCCCACCAGGUGGGCCUGGGGGCCCCAAAAAUAUGCAGCACUUCCCCCCUGGGCCUGGGGGACCUAUGCCAGGUCCCCACGGAGGUCCUGGUGGACCAGUGGGUCCACGUCUCCUGGGUCCCCCACCUCCUCCCCGAGGGGGUGAUCCCUUCUGGGAUAGUCCAGGUGACCCCAUGCGAGGUGGCCCAAUGCGAGGGGGUCCAGGACCAGGUCCUGGACCAUACCAUAGAGGGCGAGGUGGCCGUGGAGGAAAUGAACCACCACCACCCCCUCCAUUCCGAGGGGCAAGAGGAGGCCGCUCUGGAGGAGGACCCCCCAACGGACGAGGAGGUCCUGGUGGAGGCAUGGUUGGAGGUGGCGGACAUCGUCCCCAUGAAGGCCCCGGUGGAGGCAUGGGCAGCGGCAGUGGACAUCGCUCCCAUGAUGGCCCUGGUGGAGGAAUGGGCAGUGGACAUCGCUCCCAUGAAGGCCCUGGUGGGAGCAUGGGUGGGAGUGGUGGACAUCGCUCCCAUGAAGGCCCUGGACAUGGGGGACCCCAUGGCCAUCGUCCACAUGAUGUCCCUGGUCACCGAGGCCAUGACCACCGAGGGCCACCACCUCAUGAACACCGUGGCCAUGAUGGCCCUGGCCACGGAGGAGGGGGUCACCGAGGGCAUGAUGGAGGCCACAGCCACGGAGGAGACAUGUCAAAUCGCCCAGUAUGCCGACAUUUCAUGAUGAAGGGCAACUGCCGCUAUGAGAACAACUGUGCCUUCUACCACCCGGGUGUCAACGGCCCCCCCCUGCCCUAGGGACCACGGCCUGUAGCCUUGCUCCUUCCACUCUGUUAUGGCUUCUGUGAGGCCCAUUUCCCCCUUUCCCCAGCUGAUGAGGAGCCGGCCCCCUCAGUUCCCACCUGUUGGGAUUCCUGGGGGCUUUCUGAUCACUGGUGCGCAUUGAUGUACAUAUUUUCCUCCAGUCUGGGGAGGAGAGAGACUGGACACAAUGUGUGUGUGCUGGACUGCUGAGGAGACCUGGUUGGCUUCACUUUAUGAGGAGAUCCACUCUGCCCCACAUCCCUUUCCAGUAUUACCCCUGAUGUUUGACAACCUAACGCUGGUUGUCCUAGAGAUGCUUCUGUGCUCCUGUUGGGGGUCUUCCACACGCACACGGGACUCAGACUGGGGUCAGCUACAUCCUAAGCCAGUUCAUUAUCGUGUAGGGGUGGGGAUGGUGAGGGGUACUGUAUGUCCCAAUGCACUGAAAGGGCUCAAGCAGGCUGGAAUUGAGUUCUGGAACACACAACCACCCCGUCUCCCUGCCCCAGCCGGCCAGUCAUUAUAAACACUUUCUCAAGACUUAGCAAAAACUGUCAGCACCCAAGUUGGUAUUGAGGGCUGGCUGCUAGGUUCUUUGAUGGCACGUUCUUGUCAGCACCCAGUGGAAGUUUUAGCUGGCAGGCAUGUGGCCUGCAAUGUUGGUCCACCCUUGCCCAUGACCAUUCUAGAGACUUCAUAAAUACUUCUGUGAGAGCAGCUUUUUGCCCGGUGCACUGGGCCCGACAGUCACUACAUGCACUGCCUUUUGGGAGUUGGCUUGCUCCUUCCCCGCAUGGAACCUUGUCAGUGUGAGGCUUCCAGCCACCUCACCUGCAGCACCUCCGAAUCCCCACCAGGUGCUUCCUGGGUGGGUUCAGCAGGAUUCACCCUUCCCAGCCUCUCCUUCACCUGUCUUGGCAUCAGUUGUUUUCUAUGAAAACAGUGGAUUGGCUUUGUGCAGGGUUAGGGUUUGAACCACGAUGGAUUUGAGGAUGAGUGUUUAAUUUUUCUUUGGUUUUGUAUAUUUUGUACAUUAAUAAUAAACAGUGGAAAGAGAAGCAGCUUAUUUAA